UGGAAAGUAAAGAUUAAUGAGAGAAAAUUAAGUUUAAUCCAUUGAAAACUUGGCAUUUGACUUGCGUGAGCUUAAUCUGUGUGGUAUCUAUUCCAUGAAAUAAGGUCGAUUUUGUGAGGAGGGGAGGGGAGAGUGGAAGGAAGCAAAAGGAGGAGGAAGAAUGGAAGUGAUUAACAAGUUUCAAUAUCCUCUUUUGGGGAUUCCAACAAUCAACAAACAAUAUCCUAUUACUGCAGCUGCUGCUACUACUACUACUACAGGUCACAAAUUCUUGUAUUUAAACAACAACAACAACAACAACAAAAAUAAUAAUGCAUUAUUAUCUCUUGCAAAAUCAAAUUCAAGGCGGCUCACUCUAUGUUCUGCUGCACUUCCCACCACCCAAGAGUAUGAUAUUGUUGUUGUCAAAGAUAGAAGCGUCUCCGUUGUCCUCCUUGCUGGAGGAAAGGGCAAGAGAAUGGGGGCUAACAUGCCAAAGCAGUAUCUUCCUCUUUUGGGUCAACCUAUUGCACUCUAUAGUUUUUACACUUUUUCUCGCAUGCUUGAAGUCAAAGAAAUCAUUGUCGUCUGCGAUCCUUCCUACAAGGACAUUUUUGAAGAUGUCAAAGGAAACUGCCAACCACAACUCAAAUUUGCACUGCCUGGAAAAGAAAGACAGGAUUCUGUUUACAAUGGCCUUCAGGCUGUUGAUUCAAACUCUGAGCUUGUUUGCGUUCAUGAUUCCGCAAGACCUUUAGUGUUACAUGAAGAUGUGAAAAAGGUCCUUAAAGAUGGAUUGUUGAACGGAGCUGCUGUUCUUGGUGUCCCUGUGAAGGCCACAAUCAAAGAGGCAAACAUUGAAUCAUUUGUGGUUAGAACACUAGACAGAAAAACGCUAUGGGAGAUGCAGACCCCACAGAUCAUCAAACCCGAAUUGCUGAGGAAAGGCUUUGAGCUUGUAAAUAGAGAAGGACUUGAAGUUACUGAUGACGUGUCCAUUGUGGAGCACCUUAAACAUCCAGUUUAUAUCACUGAAGGAUCUUAUACCAACAUCAAGGUGACUACGCCUGAUGAUUUAUUACUGGCAGAGAGAAUAUUGAAUAUAAAUUCUGAGGAAAGUUCUUAAUGAAGUUUUGACAUUGAAGGGAAAUCAUUGUUAAACAUUUUUCUUCAAUUUAUUAUUUUUUGUCCCGCAAGAAGGCGUCUCGCAGCUGAGGAAACUGUAUGUAUACUCCAAGUUUUUUUACUAUAUACUUUGUGUAACUUAUUGAAAUUUGUGUAAAAACACAUGCCCUUGCUUAAAACUAGGAAAAUGUUUCCGCAUGGUAGUUGGUAGGAGAAACCUACUUUCAUUACCAGAGCCCCAUGCAAUGGGAUGAUCUGUAUUCCUAAAAUUAUAAUCAAAUUUGACAAACAUAAUAAAGGUCUCGAUUUUCAAA